GAAAAGCAAACAUCAAACCGAUAGACGUUUAGAAAAGUUUUCUUGAAGGAAAUAAAAAAAUGAAAACAGAAGACUCGGCUACAAACUCCAGUUCUACAUCACCACUGGUAGGAACCGCUGAUGAAGUGGAAGCGAUUGCCAAGUCAUUUGAAUCUGGGCACAAACAUGUGUACUACACGGGAUGCCUUUCACUUCCGACAUCUCGGUCGAUGCCCACUUCAACAUCUGAGGUGGGUAAUUCGUCGAACGGUUUAGAAAGAAGCCAUGUUCCAGUGCAAAGCGAAAUUAGCACGACACUCGGGGACUUUAGCUUUCUUCCACAUCCGCAGUACGCUAAUUAUAAUCGUAACUGUAACAAACUGCUUUAUUUGCACCGGUUAGAGGUCAACCUGAGCAACUAGGGUCAUGACUACUGUCCCUCGGCUAAAAGAAGAGUAACGAUGCGUUUAUCUGGUAUAUCGGAGCGUUACUCUCAACAUAAUACAUCUGGGGAAUAGCUUUCUAAGAACUUCUUCUAUUCCAUAUUUCUGUCCCCAUUGACUACCCAUUUUUGGUGUGCAUCUAAA